UCUCGCACAAAGGUCUGAGCAACUACGAGGGAGGGACUCCUUUAAAUCAGCAACUACUGACUUCAGCGGCCGCUCAUCACUGUUCUCCAUCUCAAAACAAGUUUCAGGACUUAUUAAUCAAGUUAACUCUGCUGGAUAAGAUGGCCACGUCCGGACUGCAGCUCCUCGGCUUUUUUCUCUCACUGGCCGGAGUCGCUGCCACUGUUGCCGCCACUGUUAUGGUGGACUGGAAGAAGCUGGUCCAGGGCAAGCACCGCUCCUAUGAGGGCUUAUGGAUGUCCUGCGCUGGUGUCCAAGACAGAAUGACCUGUGAAAUUUAUCAGUCCAUCCUGAAACUGCCGACUGAGAUUCAGGUUACCAGGGCAGUGCUGCCCGUCAGCCUCCUUCUCUCUGCUCUGGCUGUACUCAUCUCCACAGUGGGGAUGAAGUGCACCCACUUCAUGGAUAGUGUGCCCAAGAGCAAAUCCAUGACAGCGAUGAUCGGAGGAAUCACGUUCAUACUUUCAGGAGUAUUGACCAUCAUCAUCACCUCCUGGUUUGUCAACAUGGUUCUCUCUUACAGUGGACACAAGCUGUUUAGACCUGAGUUUGGUAAUGCCGUGUUUGUGAGCUGGGUUGGUGGACUCCUCACUGCGGCUGGUGGUGCUUUCCUGAGCUGUCGGAGAUGCUGGAGGACAAACCCUCCAGUGUCCAUGAGCUCCAGCCACCUUCUUUCUACCAAUCACUCCAAGUCCAACUACGUCUAGUGAAAAAGGCCACAAGAACCUCAAGAAGGAGCAAGUUUCCCUUUGUGGAUUAUUUAAAGAAUACGUUCAUUCACUGAGAGCCCUUUGAGAUCGGAGUGAGGAUCGCUCUGUGGGAAACGCCUUUGAAUCUCCUUUGUCCUGGGUUUAAAUGCCACCACAGCACUGGUUUCUCCUGCUGUAAAGAUGUCAAGGUUCAAAGUUUAAGUCUAAAAAGUCCACAAUUCUAUAAAUAUACAAAUGACCCUGUCAGGUAGAGUUUCUUCAUAAUAGCACCGAAGACGAACAGUUUUUAAUAGUUUCAAGUGUGGCCACGUGUAAAGUGGAGACGGUGUACUCUCCGAUACUUUUCCUAUAUACGGAUUUGUUUGUGUGUGUUUUAUGUGUUUAUUUGUAUCUGUGAAGCUUCCCCUAGUCAGAUAACAUUUUGUAUCAACAUUUUGUAUAUUUUGA